CUCGACUGCCGGAACGAGAGGGAAUGUUCACGACCGCCUGCGAGCUUUGGGUCGACAUUCGGCUGUCGCUGAAGAAGAAGCAGAAUCAGGCAGUGACGAUGGGAAACGCCCCUCACAGCAGAGGACCCUUCGGUAAUUGAUUGAUCCGGCUCAAUUCGCAUCAACGAGCGGUCCACCAGCUGUGCUGUCUGGAGUGUGGUGUGUGCAGGUCUCCGUGACGACGGCUACGUGCGUCAGGGUGGCUACCGAUACAAAGGGUCAGCCAAGGCAUGCAAGAUCACCAAGGAGACGAUGAACAAACAAGGGUGAUUCCCCAUAUCGUGUCUGUCUGUGUGCGUGAGUUUGCGUAGAGGUCUGAAGGAUGGCAAGCGACACGGUCACGGCAUCCUUCUCUACCCGUGAGCAAUCACGAGGAUAUCUAUCAUGCACACAUGAAUGACUGACUGACUGACUGACGCAUGACGUGAGCACCUCUCUGUUCUGUGUGUGCACUGCAGCAACGGUGCUGUGUAUGCGGGUGAGUUUGCCGACCACUUCCAGAACGGAUUCGGCGUCUACGUCGCCCCCAACUUCAACAGAUACGAAGGUCACCAUACCACAACAUCAAACACACCACACCAUCACACACACCACACCGUCACACACACGGCACACAUGUGUCUGUUGUGCGGCUGUGUUGGGUGGGUGCUUCAGGCCAGUGGAAGGACGGCAAGCGGGAGGGGGCGGGGAUCGAACGACACUUUCGCUCGGGCGUCUCCUUCACGGGUGCGAUGCGAUGCGAUGCGAUGGGGGAGACAAACAGAGGGAGGGACACGGCCGACGGAUGACGUGCGGCUGUGUGUGUGGUGUGCACUGCAGGCACAUGGGUGGGCGACGUGCGUGACGGGGAGGGCGCCAGGUGGAAACCCAACGGACAAGUCGUGCGGUCAGUCCAGUCAGCUCGCGAAUCACACAGAUAGAUAGCAUCGAUGCGCACCCCUACCACAUCUCAUCUAUUGUCUCCUCCGCCGUCGUGUGUGUUCCUGUACAUGUGUAUGUGUAUGUGUAUGUGUGUGAGUCAGAGAGGUGUGGCAGCGGGGUCAGCAGGUGACGCCGUCCGCCUUGGAGAGACAAGAAAGCGACUCCGUCUCAAGUAUGCAUGCCAACCUCACCUUACGCGCACACCCAUUGCAAUACACAGACACUAACGGCCCCCCACCUGUCUGCAGGUGGCACGGAUGACGAUGACGAUUUGUUGGCUGCGGCCAGCCCCCCGCACGACACCGACAGCAACUCGCCGGCGGUGCCUCACGCCAGACGACACAAGAGCAGGCGGCCCAAGGACCCUUCACCAGCCACACACGACCAAAGCAACCCCACCGAGUUCAUCAACCAACACAUUUACACCCUCUCGCAGAAACUGCUGCAGCAUCUGCGGGACGAUGAGUGGGAGAGUGACUAUGAGGGUGAGGACCCCCAGUGCCAGCAGUGGAGCGCCGUCCGCCACACGCUCACCGGGCUGGCGGAGCUGCACGCCCAGCACCAGCAGCAGAGCGGCGACAUGGAUGCGGGCAAGGAGUUCGGCAGCAGGAGCCAGUUUCUGCGGGCAAUAGGGUACCACUGGCCGUAUGUGGGUGGGUAUGACCUGGAGCGGAGCCUCGACUACCUGCGCAGCCGCAAUGUGGAGAUCGCCGGGGCACAGGAGCUGGAGGAAGUCUACUUCCGUAUCAUGGACACUCCGGGUGGGUGGGGGGGUGCACGCCACGCCCUGGGCAGAUGUCUAGAUGUGUCAAUCUGUGUGUGUGGGUCAGUUGAGGAGUGGACUCCCUCAGAGGUCGGCGUGUGGCUCGCACAGAAGGACCUCUCACGGCUGAUCGAAAACUUCAUGUGAGUGUCAGUCAUGUCAGAGAGAGCCCAUUGGCCACCCUCACUCACACUCACACCCGACAAUUUGACGCUUCUGUAUGUAUGUGUGCAGGGAGGCGCAGGUGACGGGCAAGAGGCUGCUGGACAUGGACCACCGCGCCCUCAAGGAGGAGGUCAGCGUCAUCCCUUUCGGCCACAGGGCAAGGGUCCUCAAGGCCAUCAAGCAACUCAAGUAACUAUCCCAACCCAUCAGCACACACACACAGUCACACAAGCCACACACGUGUGUGCGAGUGCAUUGCAGGGAGUUCAAGAAGAACCGCGACAUCGGAAUGUUCUACGAGACGCGCCGGGGCUCGGUGCCCAUCCCGCCACCCGUCCCAGCCCUGCCCACCAAACAGCCGGACAGCGACAUCGACCCGCCCACGGCCAACUCGGGCGUCCAACAAAGGUAGGUAGGUAUCUAUUCAUGUGUGUGUGUGUGGGUGGGAGAGAGGGAGAGAGCGAAAGACACAGACUGACAGCACAGCAUCCUUGCGUGUGUGUGGUAUGUAUGCAUGCCUAUGGUAUGGUGUGUGUCCGUCAGUGAGACCGACGACACGUCAGGAGACAUCCCCGACCCCCAGCGGAACGACAGGAAGCGCGAGGCCGUCAUGAUGACCGGCAGGGACAGGGCCAGGCAACAACAGUACGGACCUGACGCGCCACAACCGCCAAACGGACCACGUGGACAGGUGGGCUGACCGACACACAACACCAUCCUCACCCUGUGCCUCAUGGAUGGAUGCAGGAGUCUGGGAGUGAGCUGUCUCUGCCAGUGGGCAGCGGCGCGUCGGUGCCCCGCCACCCGCCCCGAAGGCGCCCCCGGUCGGACAGUGAGAGCACCGUGAGCGUGCCGCAUGGCCUGGACCUCAUCGACGCCAGGGCGCACGCGGCUUCCAUCGCAAUCGACUUCAAACAGCUCACUUUCCUCAAAAAGGCAAUGGGAAACUCACACGCACCGCAGAGAGAAUGGGUUUGGUUUGCGUGUUGUCCAUUUCAUUUGUGUGUGGGGUGUGGUUGAUUGGAUGGUUUAUGCAGAUAGGUGAGGAGGGUCGCAGUCGCAUGUACCGGGGUCGCUGGCUGGGCAAGGACGUGGCCAUCAAGGUCUACAAGGGCAAACUACUCAGAGAGAAAAUGUGGUACACGACUCCAGCCACUCACUACACCACAGACAGACCACACACGGCACCCCCCAUGUGUGUGGUCUGUGUGUGUUUGUGCAGGGUGGAGUCAUUGGUUGCCUUGAGUGAGAUGCGCCACCCCCACAUAGCGCUCUUCAUGGGCAUCGCCGUCAGACCAGAGGUCAGCAGAUAAGAUAUACACCCAGACAGAGAGAGAGGACAUGCUGGAACGAGGCUCGUCUGUCUGUGUCGCCUGUGUGUGUGUCAGCCGCCCACGUGCUGCAUCGUGACAGAGUACCUGCCAAAUGGAUCCAUAUUCGAGUCAGCGAGCUACCAACCAACCACCUCUUCACACACACAUGCCUGUGUGUGCCUGAUCAGGUUGAUCCACCCCAACACCCCCCAGUCGCUCGACCUGCCCUCCCACGCCGGCGGCCACACACGAACCGCCCCGCCCUCGUCAUUCAUGCCACCACACACACACGUAAACACCGCACCCCCAUAGGAUGCCUCGCACCAUAACGCCACCCACUCACUCACUUGUCUCUCUGUGUGUGUCUGUGGUCAGGCGAGCUCCUCAGCAGCGAGCCGAGCGGCGGCAGCUCAGCAGGGCCGCGGGUUGGGCGCGUCGAGCAGCCAUGCUGGCAGGGUUGGUGGUCGGCUGAAGCUCAAGGACGGGCCCGUCACCAUACAGCUGCUGCUCAGAAUCGCCAGGUGAGUCAGUGGCUUGUGGGCGGAUGGAAUGGGAUGGCUGAGUGCACUCGCUCAUUGACUGGUGUGGCCGCCUGGUUGUUUGUGUGUGUAGGGGCAUUGCCUUGGGCUGCGCCUACCUCCAAAAGAGAGGGGUAUGUCUUCACAUGGAGAGAGGCAAAGGGGAGGCGAUGCGGCCUGUAUGUGUGUGUGUGUGUGUGUGUAGAUUGGUCAUUUGAAUCUGAAGCCCUCCAACGUCCUCAUCGACGAGACCAUCAACGUCAAACUAUGCGACUUUGGUAGGCACAGACACACACACACACUUCCCUCGCCACCUCCAUCUUUGGGUACCCUUCCUCCCUCCCUGCCUCCUUUCGUUCGUCAGGUCUGCGUGACUUCGAGGAGGCCUUCCGCCCCCCUUACCGCGGCGAGCGGUGCAGGCGGCCGCUGGCCUGGUGCGCCCCUGAGGUGCUGCGCUCGGACAGUGCGCUGGGUCGCGACUGGACGGCAGACGUCUACUCGUUCGGGAUGAUCUUCUGGGAAAUUGUUAGUCAAGCCCAACCGGACACACACACUCGCGUGGAUGUCUGUGUAUCUGCCUGUCUGUCUGUCUGGCGUGUCUGAUUGCUCAGUUGACGUGCCGCGUCCCCUACAGCGACCAAACCAAUGCGCAGAUCAAAGUAAGCGCAUCGGUCACGACACACACAUACACAUACACUUCAUCAGUGAGUCCCUCCCUCCUUCAUCAUCUCAGCAGUGUAUUUGUCUGUCUGUCUGUCUGUCUGUCUGUCCCCUGGUCGAUCAUUCCAUUGAUGCGAUGCGAUGCGAUGCGAUGCGAUGCAGGGUGCGGUGGGCUGGGGCGGCGACCGACCCGCCGAGCUCGAGGCGCCCGACCCCAUGAAGAUCCUGGUCACUGCAUGCCUGCGCGACAACCCCGCCGAGCGGCCCACCUUCGAACAGAUUCUAGACUACCUGCACAAGCUGCACGAGGCCGCCAACUCGACCGCUGAGGACGCCCUCAUCACCUUCAUGGACGGGCCGUGAAGAAGG